UGUUACCUGACCCUUUAAAACAAGAACAUAUACUCAGUUGUGUUACACUACUCCAUCCACACCCUCAAACGCCAAAAGCAUCCAUCCGCUCCCAUCUAUACAACCAUCACGUUCACAUACCAAUGCGGAAACCCUAACCAACAAUGGUACUCCUAACGUCCUCUACGGUCUCAGUCAUUCUCUCUUCGGGCGUGAUCUGCAUAUUCACCCUUCUCCUAUUCCUCUCCGGCUACGUCCUCCAGCAACAAUCCGUCCGCAGCAUUCAACACGCCAUCAAACCCCUUCACCCCCCAGACCCCAUCGCCAACCUCCCACCACACCAAGAUAGCACGAAACGAAACCACAUUCUCCCCGACCAGCACGGCCCAAGAGGCAACUACGCUUACCUCCAGCUCCUUUCCACACCCGACCCCUCCAACAUCUGCUCCGCAAUCCUCUUCUUCAAAACUCUCUCCACAAACCACACAGCAAUCCAAGACCGCCUCUUCAUGUACCCCCAAGAAUGGGACCAAAUCGCCCACGACCAUACCAACCCCAUCUCAAAAGCCCUCUCGCUCCUCCGCACCGCAAGCCUAAAAUAUGGCAUCUGGCUUCUCCCCAUCGACAUGACGGCCGCCACAUCCGCCGGCUAUGCACCCACAGACACGAAACUGCUCCGCUUAGGCCAGAUCCAGUUCAUGCAGUAUGACUCCGUGCUCUACGUCCAGACGCCCGGGCUCCUACUCGACACGGAGAAAUUAGACGCCAUGCUCCUCUCCCGGCCGUUACCAGGCAGACAUGAUAAGACUAGACCCGAGUCGUAUAAUAACGAGGCUUGGAUUCCGAUGCCUCUCAGGCCGGAUCGAGAUCUGGCGCUCCCGCCUGUGUACCUCGUUACUGUUAACAAUGUGGGGAGCGGGCAAGUUGAGGCCCGUGGACAUGUGCCGAAUGUUGCGUUGCCUGGGUUCGGGUCCUUGGUUACUGGGCCGUGGGGAGCACAGUCCGCUGGAGGGGAUGGGGAGCAGCCGGGGUAUGUUUUCUUUGAGCAUGAUGAUGAUGGGCAUGUUCGGUGGGCGGGGAAUUCUUUUUUUGGGCCUUGGAGGGCUGGGCAGUAUGAUGUUUGUGAAGGGAUGGAUUUUGAUGAUGUGAGACAUGAUGAUGGGUUAUGAUUAUGAUUGUCUUCUUCUUCUUUUUAAUGGUUGCUUGAUUUCUGGGUUGGCUCUUCUUAUUUAGGUUUUGUUUUUAUUUUGGCUCUUGGAUAAGACUUUGGACUUCUGGACAUUCAAGCUGGUGUUGGUGGUCUUGUAUGAAUCGUGUAGCAUAUUGUAUUCUUUGUUUUAUUUUAGUUGGGAGUACAUAUACG